UCGUGUUAAAAAGCCGCGCGGAUUGUAAAAGUUUCUUAAAUAGCAAUUUGGUGAUUUAGAUAGAUUUGGUGUAAUUUCAAUAGUUUAUAGUACAAUGGCAACCCCAGCACCAGAAGGAAUGGAUGUUACGGAUCUAAAAUUCAAACUUCAGAGUAAAGUGCCGAUUUUCAAAGGUAAUGGCAACGUUACAGAUAAUUGUAAUCUACUUGCUUCAGCCAGCGUUUACGGCUUAAUUUUCGCUGGCACAACAACGGCACAGUUAAAAGUGUUGCAACUUAAAGAUGUCACUGCGGAACGGAUUAUUGAUAUACCUGUUCCGUUGCGGACGGUUCCCCUACCUAGUGAACCAUUUCAGAUUGUAGUUAGCAGCGAUCAUGGAUUUUUAGCGGUAGAUGUGGUCAAUAAUGGUGUGCCCUUUAUAUACAUCUUCUCAGUUCCUUCUUUUCUUACCGCAACCGUUGCUAAACUUCAUGAAAUAAGAACGUCGCCUGAAGGAGGAGUUAGAAGCACUCAAAUACUCUGGAAUCCGGUAAUUCAUAACAUGUUCUCAGUGCGCACUGACAACGGCGCGCUUUCCGUGUAUACACUAAAAGAACCGACUGGAAUAGAAUUUCACUCACUAGAUAAGAGUGAAGGAGUUAUUUGCGCUUGUUGGAGUCCCAAAGGAAAGCAACUAGUAGCAGGUUUCACUAACGGAAAGCUGGUACAAUAUAAACCGGAUCUAAAAGUUGCAAGAACUAUUAUUUGUCCCACUGGUGUGCUGGAAGGUAAUUUUGAUGUGAUUGCGCUGCAGUGGUUAUCAACGUAUCAGUUCGCAGCAGUGUUUUUGCUCCAUGCAGAUGACAGUGUCCCUGCACUGUUCAUAGUGAAUGCUCCUAAAACAGGAAAUCCAGUUUUUAUAAAUUACGACGACAUAUGCUACAGUCAAAGCGUUCCACGUAAAGGUCAGGUUUUCUUACAGCAUAUUAUGCAAUGGAAUCUUCUGCUUAUGGCUUCGGCCAAUAGUAUGGAGGUGGGUAUUUUGGGGACAACCGAGAACGGGGAAACACCAACAUGGUAUCAAUGGACGACAACAGACGAAGCUCGUGCGGAGCUUCCUCUUUCGUCGGAUAAACAAGAAACAUUUCCGGUCGGAUUGUCUCUGGAGACCGGCUGCACCCAUCAAGUGAUAAUUGGCGAGCAAACCUUUCCCGUUAUGCCGAUGAUUCACAUGCUGUCUACAUACGGAUUUCUCGUGUCUUUCAAUGUUCUUAACACAGCUGCAAACAUUCCGAAUAUCUGUUCACCCCCAAAGCCGACAGUCGAUACCUCUGGAAAAUUUGAAAAGAUUGAUAUCGGUAAACAAACGGACGUGCCUGUAACAGUUGUAACCCACUCACAGGCGUCUGAUAUAUCAUUCACUCUUCCUGCUGGAGCAACGUCCACACCGGCUGCAUUGAAAACAAAAUCUUUUUUUAGCCCCAGCGAAACCAAGACAACUGCAAAUCUUUUCGGUGCUGCAGCUUCCAAUAUAGCCCCAGCAACAGUUAUGCCGACUUUCGGCAAACAAAUUACAUUCGGCGGACCUCCAAACAUGAAUGUAGAAACGAUAAAAGCUGGUGUUAGUGCUAGUACAUCUUCCUCAAACGGAUUACCAGUUCAAACAUUCUUAGUUCCUCAAACUCAACCCUCUAUGCCAAAAACGUCUCUCAAUCAGUUCCAAAAACCUGCAGAAUCUUCAAAACCGUUAAUAACAGUUCCACCAACCUACACACCUCCGCCAACAGAAGGCGAAAAUUCUCGCCCUGUUCCAUCCGGUAAUCUUGCACAGCAAACCAACUAUGUUCAGAAAAAAGCAGACGCUUCAGACGACACUAAUUCUGUAAUUAGGUCUAUGAUAGCAGAAGAAAUGAAUAAAUUUGAAGAAGAGCUUAAAAGUCUACAAUAUCGCUGCAAGUCACUAAGCACAUCCGUUGGUUCUAAGGACGACUCAGCUACUAUUGUAAAAAAUCUCAAAGAGUUGCAGGACUUGAGCGUGCAAGCUACGGAGAGCACUGACUCACUUACAUCCGAUGUUCAAGCACUCCGCUUAAGUUUGAACGAGGCGUUCGCUAUGAUAGCUGAAGCAAAUAGUAAAAAUUCCAUCUAUAAAAAUCCGAGCCCAAAUCAAUUUCAGGAAACACACGCCAUGUCUCAGUCAAGUCGGCGUCAAUUGGCCAGUCUCCAGAAUCAGCUGACCACAAACAACAAUCAGUUGCAGAUCGUGAAUAAACAGAUCGAUGCUCAAUGGUCAAGCUUUCAAGAAGCGAACAAUGCAAAUUCGAAACGUAGAAUGCAUGUUCCUAGUUUAGAAGUCCUAUAUCAAACGCUUUCUAAGCAGCAGGAAAUUCUUAACAGGCACCGGGAGAAACUAAGUUAUAUCAAAGGACGCCUUGGUAUGCGUGAAAGCAUUCGUGGAUUAGAAAAAGGGCACCGAAAAGAAUCGCCCUUUGCCGUAGAUAGUGGAACGCCAGUUGACUCUCUUACUGAUUCUAUCAUUUCUAUGACACUCGCUGAUAAAAUACGCGAAGACAUGCGACUUAUGACCGAAUCCAAAAUGGUCUCUCUUAGGAAUAUGCUUCGAAACAGACGAAUUGUCAUUAUCAAACCAGGCAGACCGGAUCGCAUAGGCCUUAAUUCAGAGGUUGUACGGGAGCGACGAAAUGAAGUGCGACGUGUAAAUUUGGAAAAAAAUAAGAUAAAACCAGACACUUUUGCGACGCUUCAUUCAACGCAAAUUAUCGCGGAUAAUAGUGAAAAGUCUAAAACGAAAGCAAAAACAUCUCAGCAUUCUAUUGAAGGCGUCAAGUUUACCCCCGUGACUAACUCAGAACUAACUAAAGUAUUUGAAAUACCCAAAACAAUGAGUUUGCCAGCCUUUGCAUCUAAUUCUGCAGCAGCUGUAUUAGCGCCUCCGGCUACCAGACGUCCAGUUGCGCCGACUCCAGCAGCGGCUGGGAUAUUUAAUUUUGCACCUUCUGCAACGGCGACUGCAACGGUACCGACGGGAACAAGCAAAGCUACUCCAGUAAUCUUCAAUACUCCGAUGACGACUGCCAGUAGCGCUGCUCCUGUUUUUAGUUUCGGACAAACAUCAACGGUAAGUAUGAAUUUCAGCUUACCGUCUAAAGCUAAGGAAGUUUCAUUAGGUAAAGAAUCAUUGUUGUUUGGUAACACAACCAUCAAACAAAUUUCAGCACCUGUCGAUGCCACUACACCAUGCAAUACUGAACAUGCGAAAUUGGAAUCGGAACUGUCAAAACCUAUUUCAGUUUUUGGCUUAACUAACACCACUAUUCAAGCCAUUGUCAAAGAAGAUAAGCCCUCGAUAGAAACAGAACCUGUUGCUAAACCAGGUCUUGCAUUUGGAUCUGCAAUCAAUAAAUCACCAACAUUUUCUUUUGGAUCCGCUAUCACUGGCCCACUUAACUUUGGAUCGUCUCAAACAGUUGUAUCCGGAACGACUACUGUAACUCCUGUUUUAAACCUUUCUAAGGCAAAGGAGGAUGAUUCGAAAAAAGAAAAAAAGGCUAUAGACGAUCUUAAGAAGGACGCUCCAUUAAAAUCCGGUUAUGAUAGUAACGGAGCUGAUAACGGUGGAGCGGCGGCUGCUUUUCCGGCUCUGACAAGCCUUUUGAAAAAAGUGGAGCAGCCCGCGGCGACACCUUCCAGCUUAUUCGGCGGUAUUGCUCCUAAAACUACCGGUUCUAGUACACUCGGCGCUGCAGUUAAUACAACUACUACCGGUGGUGGGCUGUUCGGAAGUAUUAAAAGUACGAUAGGAAAAGAUUCGUCGUUAGAAAAGCCUACUGCUACCAUUUCUGGUGCAGAGAGUACCUCAACAACACCAACAGCAGCUGUACCGUCUACUAGCGGUACAGGUAGCACAUUGUUUGGUUCUCUAAAAUUAUCGACAACAACAAGUUCUGCAGGAGGAUUUUCCUUCAGCGGUUUUGGUACCAAUGCAAAACCUACUAACCUAUCCACUAAAUCGGAUCCUCCUGAAUCUGAACCAACAAUUAGCUCCAGUACACUUGUCUCGUCUUUUGAUCCUGUCACGACUGCUACUGCUGCGACAAUAGCUCCUAUCACAUCAACGGUAGCUACUACUGGUUCUGCAACUACUACAGGUUUCUCAUUCGGAUCGGUGUUAUCACCAACUGCAACAUCAGCAUCAGCUCUAAAGGAAUCUUCCACAACUCUAUCGAAUACAACUAAUGUGCAGACGACUACCGCAGAUUCUACCAGCAAUCUAUUCGGUGCAAUUAACAUAUGCUCACCAACAGUAGCAACAACCACUAAAUCCCAAUCAACAAACAUCUUUGGUAGUACAGCUUUCUCCGUCCCCAAAACAGAAACUACUUCUAUUUUUGGAGAUAAUUCUUCCUCCGCUGCUGUGAAUACAUCUUUUGAAACCGCAUCUUCUGAGGUACCCAAGACGGUUACUAACUUAUUUGGGGCAGUUUCUAUUGCCGCUACGACUAGUAAUGAAACGGGUUUGUUCGGAUCAGUUACCACUAGUGCCAAUGGUUCGGUAUUUGGGACCACUUCACCAACCGCAAGUUCCCCGUUCAGUGCAACAGCUGCUCAAACCGGGACUUUUUUCGGAUCAGUUGCGGCAACUCCUGGCCAAGCUGGGGCAAGUCAAGGCUCUAUUUUCGGCGGUGCAUCAGCAAGCUCUCAACCAACGGCAGGCCUUUUCGGAACGACCGCUGCACCAGCAGCAACGACCGCCUCCAACAUAUUUGGAACAACCGCCACUGUGGCUAGUGGUAAUUUCUUUGGUUCAGCAGUGACCAGCCCAGCAGCAGGAGGAUCCCUGUUUGGUGGUUCAUCCGCGUUCAGUACUUCAAAUGCUCAGAGUACAGGAAAUAUUUUCGGUAGUUCUGCCACCGGAGCUACUGGAUUUGGGACAUCGGCUUUUGGACAGCCUGGUUCACCUCAAUCGGGGCAAUCCAUUUUCGGAGGAGCAAGCACUACGUCUGCUUUUGGCGGUACCAGUUUUGUUGGAUCACCUGGAGGAGCAUUCAGUCAGCCUACCGGUGGCAGUGUAGCACAGGCUGGUUUUGGCUCUCCUACCCCAUCUGCUUUCAACAAACCUGCGUUCGGUGGUGCAGCAACCUUCGGUAGUUCACCUGCUUUCGGCGGUGCACCUACCUUUGGCGGUGCACCAACAUUCGGUAGUCCACCAGCAUUCGGUAGCAAACCGGCCUUUGGCGGCGGUGCUGUUGGUUUUGGACAAGCCACGCUGAGUCCAUCAACACAGUCUAGCAACCUGUUUGAGCAGCUAGGUUCAUCAUCUUCGGGCGUUUCUUUCGGCAACCUUGCUCAGCAGCAAACCCAAAAGCCGGCUCAAUUUGGUGGAUCAUCGUUCUCGAGUUGGCGGUCCUAGGAUAAGCAAGUGAGUUGAUGGUAAUAUUAUGUGUACCAUUAUUAUAAAAGAAC